AUGGAAACUGACUGUGUAACCGUAACAAGUUAUGUACUUGAACAAAGAAAAAAAUAUCCUGGCGCUACUGGUGAUUUAACCAUUUUACUCAAUGCGUUAUCAACAGCUAUUAAAGCCUGUGCAGCUGCUGUAAGAAAAGCUGGAAUUGCAAAACUCUUUGGUUUAGCAGGAUCAUCAAAUUCAACAGGUGACGAUCAAAAGAAAUUAGAUGUACUUGCUAAUGAGCUGUUUAUUAAUAUGCUCAAAUCAUCCUAUACGGUUAAAGUCAUGGCUUCUGAAGAAAAUGAAAAUCUUGUUGAAGUGGAAAUACCAAAACAAGGUAAAUAUGUUGUAUGUUUUGAUCCACUAGAUGGCUCGUCAAAUAUUGAUUGUCUUGUUACAAUUGGUUCAAUUUUCGCUGUAUGGAAAAAACCAGAUCAUGCUACAGAUUUAAUGGAUUGUGUAUUACAAACUGGUGAACAUUUACGUUGUGCAGGUUAUGCUGUUUAUGGUUCAGCUUGUAUGCUUGUUUUAGCAACACGAGAAGGUGUCAACGGAUUUACUCUUGAUCCAUCUAUUGGUGAAUUUAUUUUGACAUCACCAAAUAUGAAAAUGCCAGAAAUGGGUGCGAAAGGUUCACAAAAAAUCUACAGCAUCAAUGAAGGUUAUGCUAAAUAUUGGGAUAAAGCUACAACGGAAUAUGUUCAAUCGAAGAAAUUCCCAGAGGGCAAAGAAAAACCUUUCGGUAAUCGAUAUGUUGGCUCAAUGGUUGCUGAUGUACAUCGUACAAUUCUCUAUGGUGGUGUUUUCUUGUAUCCAGCGACGAAAGAUGCCAAAGAUGGCAAAAUUCGUUUAUUAUAUGAAAGUAUUCCUAUGGCAUAUAUUGUUGAAAAGGCAGGUGGAGCAUCAUCAGAUGGUCAACAAUCAAUUUUAAAACUUCAACCUAAAGAAAUUCAUGGACGAUCACCAAUCUUUCUUGGUUACAAAGAAGAAGUUGAAAAAAUCGAAAAACUCUAUCAAAAAUAUCCUGCUGGUACAUGGGCUCAUGAUUAA